AUGGGCGGUCGGGAUGGUUCUCCUCCUCGAGGUUCAGCUGACAGAAGACAGGCCAGCAGCAGGAGGGAUCACUAUUCACCACCCAGGAGAAAUUACAAUGGUGACAGAGACCGGAGGUGUCCAGACUGCGACUUCUCCUCCUCCUCCAUGGAGAACCUUAGAAGACAUUUCCAGACAACGGAUCACAACAGACGUGAUGGCGGGAGGACUCGGGACACCGGGAGAUCGGGGAAGGACAGAGAUCCUGAUCGCACGCGGAGCAGUGACCGGGAAAGGAACCGAAAACCUGAGACCACUUCAAGGAACGAUCGAGAAAAAGACCGAAAACCUGAGUCCAGGCUGAGCAAGAAUCCGGAAAAAGACCGAAAACCUGAGACCACGCUGAGGAAUGAUCGGGAAACGGACCGAAAAGCUGGCGUGCCGGAAAAGCACCAAAAACCGGAGCCCACAGGGAACAACGACCCGGAGAAGCAGAAAAAAACAGAGCCAACGCCAAGCAAUGUCCCGAAAAAGCCGGAUCCCCCGCAGAGCCUAGUCCAGGGAGUGGUCCCAGAGCACAUCCGGAGAUCCGUCUACCUCCUGAAGGAUUACCUGCCCAUAAAGGACCGGGAGCCCGUCAUCGGACUGGAGUACAUCCUGGAGUACCGGGUCCAUGUCCGAGACAGAGUGGAUGUCAAGUAUUUCUGUGAGCUCUGUGAGAUGGACAGCGGUGUGGUCCCCAUGUUGGAUCAUGUCUGCGGGUUCAAACACCGCAAGCUGUAUGUGGCCAAAGCCUAUCCAUUUGUUCUGAAGGCACUUUUCAGCAGCAAGGAGGACCGGGCACUCUUCAUGAGGAGGAUGGCUGUGGAGAUCGAGGAGGAAGAGGGGAUCAAGAUGUACAAGAGCGAUCCUGUCAUAAGAAUGGUACCAAUGAUGAAUGUGAAGUCAACAGAAGCUAAACAAUCCAAGCGAAAAACCAGAUGGGAUCCUGAAGGAGAAAGACAAAAUAAAAUGAAGCAAGCUCUGGAAUUUCUGGACUCGUUCGAGAUUGAGGGUGACGAUGAAGCGGCUACUGUCACAAAGCUCCUCCAGAAGGUGACCUCUGUAGUGAAGUUGCACACGGACAAGUUAAAAGAAGAGGCUCUUUUCCCAUUGAAAGUUACCAGGGCACAGGGUGUAGCCAAGGCAAUAGUGCAGGAUGCUAUUAGAGCACGCUUGGCAAAGCGGAAUAUAUUCCCACUGUUAGGAAACCUCAAUUUCCAUAUCCUAGGGCGUCGUUUGCAGCCCAACAACCCAUACCGGCCUCCCAAUGCUGCUUUUCCACAAAUGCUACAAGGAUCCCCGUUUUUCCAAUUAAACCAAAACCACAAUCCUCAUAUGCCCCCAGCACAAGCGAACUCAGAUUUAGAGACCGAGGAAACGGAUGAGGAUAUUGAGUUUUUUAAGCAGUUAAUAGCAUUGCUUGAGCUCCUUCCAGAGAGUCCCACGCCGACCAACAAUUCAAAGAUGGAUUCAGAAAUACUGAUGUUACAAUCUUUAUUGCUAGAUACGGAUGCAAAUUUAGAAAAUACACCAGCAAACCAGUUACCGCAAGCUGACCCCAUGACGAUGGAUCGGGCAAGGAAAAAAAAUGUUUCUCCGUAUCAGCAGCUGAAUAAAAAUCCUGCAAGUAUGGGUCAGUUCAGUUCAGACUUAUCAAUGCCAAUGGCCUCCACGGCACCAAAUGCACCCCCCGUGGUAAAUGCCCAGUCAGAUCAGAAUUUACUCAUGGAAAUGGUAGAACUCAUUCAGAACAGACAGACAAAUGUGAAUUCAUCUUUGCCUGAAAAUCAGAACAUUAAAAAACGAGAAUGUAUUCAGAGGGGCAAUAGUUCAGCGGUGAUCGUGAACAAGACUGCUCAUCGGCAGCAGUAUAUGGAACAUGCUAGCACAUCCCGAAGCAAGGAAGAUUUUGGCUUUGAGCGACUGAUGGCAGGAAAAUAUGGAAAUGCUAAUAAAAGGCAGUAUGAUGACUCUGGUGUGUUCAGUAGAGACUGGGAUGAACCCUCUUACAGCAAUAUUUCAAGUAAAGGUGCAAAUCGAGCGCAUGAUGACUAUAAAGCAGAGCAAGGACCCCUUUCUAGGGUCUCUCUGCCUCCUAACAUUCAAAGAUCAGAAAAGGAGAGGUUUCAAGGUAACAGUUAUGAUCAGGACUUGAGACAAGAAUACAGAUCACAUGAACCCAGACCUAAUUACGGAGGACGUAGUUCGAGGUCAUUUGAUGAUCCUACAUGGGCAGAAAGGGCCCCUGACACGCCUUACGGCAAGCGUGCUAAACUGGACAGUGAUUUUGCAACACCACAAAGCACAGACUGGAAGGAGCGCCAUCCUGAUGGAGGCGGCUCUCUAGAUACAGGGAUAUCUAACUUGUCAGUAGAUCUCUUGAAAAAGAUUCGAGGAAAAGAUUUGUUUACGGUUUCAGCGAUUCUCAGUGAAUACGCAGAUAGUCAUCCUUCUAACUAA